UAUUAAAAGCAUGUGUAUUGUCAGACCACCUGUUAUGCCCCUGUGCUGGAGCUACAGUUCACAUUUCCAGUGUGUGGUAGUAAAUACAGGCCCAGGCUUGACACACACCAGGUAAACCUAAUUUGCAUGUAGAGCUGAAUGUUUAAUCUGCGCAUGAAUUCGUGUGUGUGUUUUCCCUUGGCAGAUGGUAAGCCGAGCAGCCAGUUUGUCCUCUUUCCGCUGAAUGGAGAAACUGGGUGAAAUUUUACUCCGUUUACUGCAUGAUUUGCCACUCCCAGACUGCUGCCCUGAAGGCCUGAUGUUGACGGAUGAGUCAUUGUGUCGUUAGCACACGCACAUGCACACACACACACACACACACAUCCUCGUAGACUCGCUGAACUGCACAAAUGUAGACGGCUGCGUGUGUCUCUCUGAUCUUCUGCUCUCAGGUGAUUUUUUACUGGUGUUAAUCUGAUCUUCACCUCUGGAGCUCCAGCAUGAUGAAGGCUGCUGUAUUCCUGCUUCUGUUUACUCUUGGGGAGUUGAGCGCUUCCUACACAAAUGACACCAGCAGUCGACAAAAGCGGGAUGCCGUCCUCAUUCGCACAAAGAGACGAUGGGUUUUAUCCACCAUUGAUCUGGAGGAAAACAUGCGUGGACCGUUUCCACUGGAAGUAACACAGAUGUUCAAUGACAAAAAGCAGGAAAACGUCAAGUUCCGCAUCUCAGGAGAAGGCGUGACCACACCGCCCAUUGGUUUGUUUAGCAUCAAUGAAAACACUGGGUCAGUUUUCGUACACCGGGCUAUUGACAGGGAAAUCAACCCUAUAUUUCAUGUGGACUUCGAUGUGCUGGACAAGGACACUGGAGCCCCGCUGGACAGAACACUGUCAUUUAAUGUGGAAAUUAAGGACCUGAAUGACAACGCACCUUUGUUCACUCCGACCACCAUCCCCGCAUCAGUUCCAGAGAACGCACUUGAAGGCCCAAUCCAAGCAACAUUACAGGCUCACGACAACGAUCAGAAGGACACUUACAAUUCUGAAUUCACUAUGCGUGUGGUUUCACAAGAUCCAGCCGUCCCAGUGUUCAGCCUGAGGGACAUGCCACAGACCAACAAAUACAAGCAGCUCGCCUUCUCGGGAUGCUUUGAUUUCGACAAAGCAAAGACGUAUAAGGUUCUAAUUGAAGCAAAGGAUAAAGGCACGCCUCCGAUGUCUUCGACAGCAACUGUUAUUGUGAACAUCACAGACUCCAACACCCACCAGCCAGAGUUCAGCUCCACUACAUACAACGCUGAAGUGAUGGAAAUGGAGUCAAACAAGGAGAUCCUGAGAAUUAAUAUCACAGACAAAGACACGCCGAACACUCCUGCAUCACGAGCUGUUUUCUCUAUCCUGAAGGGGAAUGAAGAGGGAUACUACAGGAUCGUCACAGACCCUAAAACCAACCAGGGAGUGCUGUCAGUAAUCAAGGGGAAGAAUUUCGAGAAGACCGAGAUCACACAGCUGGAGAUUGCGGUGGAGAACGAGGAGAAAAUAUUCCAGUGUGUCGAUGGAAAACGCACUUCUGCUCCGCCACCAAAGCCACAAACUACCAAAGUGGCAGUGAAAGUCAUCGACUUGAACGAUCCGCCAGUGUUUAAGAAGGUUAUUGAGAAAGUUUACCGCAACGAGAACGGGAAACCAGGAGAUGUGCUGUUCACCCCGGAUAUCAAAGAUGAAGAUUCAGACGUCAACAACAUCAGGUAUGAGUUAGUGAAAGAUCCUGCCAAGUGGGUGAGCGUUGACCCAAAGACAGGAAAGAUCACCACAGUUCAGACGAUGGACCGCGAGUCUCCGUUUGUGAGGAACGGCACCUACACUGUUGUAGUGCAAGCUAUAGAUGAUGGCCAACCUCCUGCUACAGGGACAUGUACCGUGGUGGUGUAUUUGGGUGACUUGAAUGAUAACGCCCCCUAUCUGCCCUCCAAUAAAACGGUCAUGUGUGCGAACAAUAUGAACCGUGUCCGAGUGUUUCCCGCAGAUGAUGAUGCUCCGCCGUUCUCCGGUCCUUUCACCUUCUCUCUGGGAGAUGAAGAAAUGAAGAAACUGUGGAAGCUGGAUCCCACCACAGGGUUAAACAGCUCUCUGAUAAGUCUGACCAGUCUGCCGUAUGGAAACUACACAGUUCCUCUGAAGAUCCAGGAUCAGCAAGCGCUGCAGUCAGACGUGGUCAUGUUUGUGUCUGUGUGUGAAUGUUCAUCACCACACACGUGUCGCGGUCUUCUUCCUCUGUCUUCCAGACUCGGUCCUGCAGCCAUCGGACUCAUGAUUGCAGGACUCCUGCUGCUGGCCCUUCUGCUCCUCUUUUCUUUCUUAUGCGACUGCAACAGCAAGAACUUUCAGCACAUUCCUCUAAGCCUGCAAGAUGAGGGAAACCAAACCCUGGUCAAAUACAAUGAUGAGGGAGGAGGAUCGGUCUUUAGGCCCGAGUCUAUGCUUGUUUCCAAUCUUGCCAUGAAAGAAAGCAUCAAAGUUGCAUCUGCGCCAGCAGUGGACUAUGUGGCCACUGAUGGAUUCAGGAGGAGUGAAAACGGGACCAUGAGGAGCCCCGGGUAUAAUCCUCAGUAUUUCUCAGGGGCGUUUCAGGAGAUGUCCAAUGGCGGAGGAGUGAUGAGUAUGCCGUAUCAGAGUUGGUCAACAGUGCGAAGGGAAAGGGAAAGCUUCAGGAAUGGAGGAGCUCAGCUGACCAGAGGGUACAGUGUGAGCCGAGUAGACCGAAACCUGGCAGAGCACAUCGAGAGGAAGAUCAGCGGGUUCCCGGAGGAACAGAGGGAUUAUCCGGUGUAUUCCCCGUAUCAGUAUGAGUAUGAGGGUAGAGGCAGCGACUGUCAGUCUCUGGAUCAGCUGAGCGUCAGUAAUCUGGGAGAUAACCUGGACUUUCUGCAACACCUCGGCCCAAAGUUCAACAAUCUGGGCAAAAUCUGCCAGCAGCCCGUCAACCACAGAAACACCCAGCUCUAAAUCACACAAGACAACCCGAGCAACUCCAUAUUUCUAUAACGCUUCAUCUGCAGACGGGUUCCGGGGUUUCAUUUUUACUUUUUGGAGACGAUUUGGAUUCAGUGUGCCUCUUGUGUCUUUUUGGAGACGAUUUGGAUUAAAUGUGCCUUCAUUAGAGUCAAAACAGGCAGGUGAUUGUGGAGAUAAGCUGUGAACUUUGCAUUGUCAGUGGCAAUUUUGGCCUGGAGGAAUUAUUGGAUACACUUUUUAUUGCUUAUGAAUGUAUCGGGAAGCAUGUCGGUGCUCGGAUGAACUACAUGUGCCAGCUUGCCUGAAAUGAUCAGAGGUGUUUUUUAGCCAAGGAUGUUAAGAUCUUCUUCUUCUUUUCUCACGGAUGAACUGAGGAGCCGCUGUUCUGCCUUUAGGUACUGUUUUUGUGCACUUUUGCUGGGAUGGCUGUCUUUGCACUGCUGGAUCACUUGUCUGUGUGUGUGUGUGUGUGUGUGUGUUUGUGUUUAGCCAAAAAUGACAGCUCCACCACUCACCUUUAAGCAUCACUGGGACGCUUUUCAGUCAUUGGGGUAGAGAUGGUUUUAUGUUUGCACAUUCACACCUUCAGCUUCUUAAUAUAAUGUCAGAAAAGUAUUGUUUGCUAAUCCUAAAUAGUGAAAUAUGAUCAGCCAAUGACUGUCAGAGUACGAAUAUUGUUGACAGUGAGUUAAAUAGUGCUGCUGGUAUUUUGAAGUCAUGCUUGCAUGCAUUUUCAGACAUGAUGUGCAAGAGUUUGGCAAGAGUUUGGCAUGCUGUCCCGGGAGAAAGCACUGAGCUCAAGGGAUCCUCGGGCUCAGGGCUCCCACCUUUCGCAGGGCGAGGGGAGAUUGAGCUCAGGUCGAUCUCAAACUCCCCUGUUGCUGAGGCCAAGGUGAACGUCCCGAUUGUAAGACAUUAUAAAAAAGAUUUAGGCUUGUUUUAUCUAUAAUAUAGAGCAUAUUUAGAAGGUGGAAGGAAACUGGGGAACUUGUGGGAAACCCACACGGACACAGGGAGAACAUGCAAACUCCAGAAAUACCAGAUGACCCAGUGAGGACCCAACGCCAUUGGUAUUCUCGCUGUGAGGCAACAGUGCUAGUCACUGGGCUGCCAUGCACCCCUUCUGGAUAAAGGGGGGAGGAGGGGGUUUCUUCCAGACGAAGAUAGUUGUAGAAGGAAAUGAGGAUAUAUAUAGAACUUUAGGAUCCUUUGAUUGGAAGAUUGUGAUUAGCUAAUGUGGGCCAGCUGGGUCAAUCAUGAGCGCGUGCUCCUCUCGAAAUUAGCUUUACAAUGUGGUGUAACAAUAUUGGGAGUAUGUCACAAGUUGUGCUCAUAACAGUACAUCGUUAUCGUUCAUCUGUACUCGCCUUUUAAAUUCUGCUUGAUUAUUUUAUUGAAUGCCAAAGUCUAAAUGUGCGAAUAUCAAACUUUUUUUUACCUCAAUUAUUCGCUGGUGCAUUAAAAUGCAUGCCAAUGUGAUCGUGCACAUCAAAGUGUGAUCGUGCACAUCAAAGUGUGAUCGUGCACAUCAAAGUGUGAUCGUGCAAAUCAAAGUGUGAUCGUGCACAUCAAAGUGUGAUCGUGCACACCAAAGCACACGCCAGGUGUAAAGUCGUCGUGUAAAAA